CGCUGUCACCCAGCUGUUCUCGUUGUGUCUUUCUCUGUCCAAUCCUUUCAGCACCAAUGACGCCAUGACACCAAAUGCAUCAAGAACCAACCCAGUCCUCGUGACUGGCGGCAGUGGAUUUGUCGCACUGGAGUUAAUCUCACAGCUGCUUGCCCAGGGGUAUGCCGUCCACGCCACCGUCCGAAGUUUAGGGAACGCCGCCAAGGUUUCUUGUCUGAAGGAUUUAGAGACACACCAUCCGGAGGGGAAGCUGCUUCUUUUUGAGGCUGACCUCUUGCAACCGGGCUCCUUCCACGCAGCCAUGCGGGGUUGCGACACCGUGUUUCACGUUGCGUCGCCAUUCAAAGUGCCCGAAAAGAUCAAGGAUGGCUAUUCAGAGAUGGUUCAACCAGCACUACAGGGGACUAGAAACGUCCUCAAGGCUGUGGAGGACACACUUAGCGUGCAGAGAGUGGUUUUCACGUCGACAACGGGCGCAAUAGCAGGCGACUACAAAGAUGUUAUUGAUAAGAUGCGUGUGAUGAGCCAUGACUACUUCAACGAGACUAGUACCGUCAAGCACAACCCAUACCACUACUCCAAGGUCCUCGCGGAGAAAGAGGCCUGGAAGAUCUUUGAAGAGCAACAGCAAUCGGGGCAGAGUCGCUGGGACUUGGUGGUCAUUUGUCCCGCUUUCGUCCUCGGCCCAACUCUUACGCCGUCAUCGGAAUCAGGUUCCCUCUUCCUCAUGGACGAGCUGCUCUCAGGUUUGAUGUUCUAUGGCGUGCCGGAUCUCUCGUUUCUUCCGGUAGAUGUGCGGGACGUCGCCUCUGCGCAUAUACGGGCUGCCGAGCUCAAGGAGGCUUACGGCCGAUAUAUCGUUGGCCCACCCAAGACGACAACAUUCUUGGAAAUCUCAAAGCAUUUCAAGAAGCUUAGAAACGGUACACCGUGGGUACCCAAUUUCCAGCUCCCAACAACUUUGGUCAGACUCGUCGGCCCAUUGUUCGGUUUGUCACAAAAAUGGAUGUCCGGCAAUCUUGGCGUCAAAUUCGCCGUUGAUAACACCAGAAGCAUCAGCGAGCUGGGGCUCGAUUACCGAAGUUUAGAGGAGACACUGAAUGACCACUAUCAAUCCUGGGAGAAAAAUAGGACGAAAGGCAAGGCGAAACUGAAUUAGCGUGUUGAACUCCCCAGCAACCGUGGGCCUCCCUACGACGCCUUGGAGUCCUCAAUUACCCACCAAUGCCAAUGGGAAAUGUGUCGGCAUUGUAAAAUUGAAAAUUAAAUAGCCUGACAGGGCCAUGCAGGCGGUCAUAACACGAGGAGGGACGCUCAAUUCAACAUCUCUUGGUACCCGCUUUUCUCCCUGGCGUUCGGGAGCUCGACGUCUUCAGCCAGCCUCCAGGCCCAGGUAUAUCUGUCGUAAAUGCCCCAGCCAGCGUCACUGCUUAAACCUCGUUUCCUCGAAGGAUUACACGGUACUCCACGAGUGGCACUUUGAUGCGCUUCAGCUUUCUUAUGGGUUUACACCACGCCUUAUUGCACUGCGUUCCAGCCCCCGCAUCGGUCAUCUCACUGCUGAGUACUUCUAAGAGAACGACAAGCUUGUACUGCCUCCGUCGAAAUGAGUUGCUGGGGUUCCCAGUGCGGUCCCUAAUGAGCUUAUCAAGCUCGUCCUGGACCGACCAGUCAAUCUUUCUCAGUCGAGUUUCGACAUCUUUCUCAUAACUCCUUGAACUAAAGAGUUUUGGCUUGUGCCGAUCUCGAAGACAAGACACUACCUCGGCGAGCUCGUUCUGGCCAAAUUGUGUUUUUUGCUCGAGGGAAAUGACUCGACCUGGUAUGGAUGUAUCCUUCUUCAGGAAACAACGAAAAAUGCAGAACUUCUUAAGCUGUGAGCUGACGUGCGUCGUGGGCUGAUGGUACGUCAGAGUCCAGGACUCAAAUAUAGUCUGUGUGGUAGCUGGAAGUUGUCUGAUGAUGUUGGGUUAGCGAGUGUGAAAUGUUACCGAGAGGGAUAGCCCGUAAAAAUUUACAUCUUGCGGUUCUGGCAAGAUAUGCUAUAGCACUCACAGUGCUCAAGCAUACCGCAUUGAGCAGUUAUAAUUCCACUCGUCAUUUGUCUUGUUUCA